CCCAAUACACCACCCGUGACUUUCAUCAAUUCCCAUCUCUCUCUCUUCUUCUUUUUUUCUCAAUGGCUCUUGUCUGAAACAAAUCUUUACUCCAACAGAUAAUGUCUUCUCUCUUCUCAGUUUCCAUCUUCCUCUGCGUCUUCUUCUUCUUCCAUCUAAAUGAAUCUACAACAGAGUUCGACUUCUCCACCCUCCCAAUCAGCAACUUGAAGCUUCUCGGCGACGCUCGUCUCAGCAACGGAAUCGUCAGCCUCACACGCGACCUCUCCGUCCCCAACUCCGGCGCCGGGAAAGUCUUGUACUCCAACCCCAUCAGAUUCCGACAGCCCGGAACUCACUCUCCGACAAGCUUCUCCACCUUCUUCUCCUUCUCCAUCACAAACAUAAACCCUUCCUCAAUCGGCGGCGGUCUCGCCUUCGUCAUCACCCCCGACGCAAACUCAAUCGGCGCCGCCGGUGGCUCGCUUGGUCUCUCCGGUCCCAAAUUCGUCGCUGUCGAGUUCGACACGUUGAUGGAUGUCGACUUAAAAGACAUUAACAGCAACCACGUCGGAUUCGACCUAAACGGCGUCGUUUCCUCUGUUUCAUUCGAUCUCGGCACUGUAGACAUCGAUCUCAAGAGUGGAAACACUAUCAACUCGUGGAUAGAAUACGACGGUUUGAACCGGGUUUUCAACGUCUCCGUCUCUUACUCGAAUCUUAAACCGAAAUCUCCGGUUUUAUCUUUCCCUCUCGAUCUCGACCGUUACGUUAACGACUUCAUGUUCGUUGGUUUCUCCGGGUCUACUCAAGGUAGCACAGAGAGUCACAGCAUCGAAUGGUGGAGCUUCAGAUCCUCAUUCGGGUCGGGUCCUGGAUCCGGAUCACCUCCUCCGAAUACUAAUUUAGUAAACCCGAAAGCUAAUUCGGUUAACUCUCCACCACCGUUCGCUUCACAACCCUCUCCCUCCGCGACUCCGAUCACUUCUCAAUCCAAAACUACGUCACCGUCGUCUUGCCGCAACCAUCUCUGUAAAGAGAAUCGAGGAGCAAUCGCCGGUGUAAUAACCGCCGGAGCCUUCUUCUUAGCACUAUUCGCGGGAGGUUUAUUCUGGUUUUACUCGAGGAAGUUCAAACGCGUGGAGAGACACGACUCCUUCGCGUCGGAGAUCAUCAAGGCUCCUAAAGAGUUCAGCUACAAGGAGCUCAAAGCCGCUACGAGGAGCUUCAACGAGAAUCGUGUCAUCGGACACGGAGCCUUCGGGGUUGUCUACAGAGGCGUGUUACCUGAGAUUGGAGACGUUGUAGCUGUCAAACGGUGUAGCAAUACCUCUCAGGACAAGAAGAACGAGUUCUUGUCGGAACUGUCGAUAAUCGGGAGUCUCAGACAUAGAAACUUAGUUCGGUUGCAAGGAUGGUGUCACGAGAGAGGUGAGAUUCUAUUGGUUUAUGAUUUGAUGCCGAACGGUUCGCUUGAUAAAGCUUUGUUUGAGUCACGGUUUCCGUUACCGUGGGAUCACCGGAAGAAGAUCUUGCUUGGUGUUGCGUCUGCUCUUGCCUAUCUACAUAGAGAGUGUGAGAAUCAGGUGAUACAUAGAGAUGUUAAGAGUAGUAACAUAAUGUUAGACGAGAAUUUUAACGCCAAGCUUGGAGAUUUUGGGUUAGCUAGACAGAUAGAACAUGAUAAAUCGCCGGAAGCGACGGUUGCCGCCGGGACGAUGGGGUAUUUAGCGCCGGAGUAUCUUUUAACAGGUCGUGCCACGGAGAAGACUGAUGUUUUCAGUUAUGGAGCUGUGGUUCUUGAAGUGGUUACGGGGAGAAGACCGAUUGAGAAGGACUUAAAUGUGCAGAGGCAAAAUGGUGGGGCGAAUCCGAAUUUAGUGGAAUGGGUGUGGGGUUUGUAUAAAGAAGGGAAAGUUUCUGCUGCGGCGGAUUCAAGGCUUGAAGGGAAGUUUGAUGAAGGAGAGAUGUGGCGGGUGUUGGUGGUGGGCUUAGCUUGUUCUCAUCCGGACCCGGACGCUCGGCCCACUAUGAGGUCGGUGGUGCAAAUGUUGAUUGGUGAGGCUGAUGUACCGGUGGUGCCGAAGUCGAGGCCGACUAUGAGUUUUAGCACUUCGCAUUUGUUGUUGAGUUUGCAAGAUACUCUGUCUGAUUGCAAUACAUUGGCGUUGAAUUCUAGUAGGUCUUCGUCGUGGUCUGUGCCGGAACAUAAUGUUAUGAUUAGAGGUGAUGAUGACCAUAUUGUAUAAGAUGGAUAGAUGCAUUUUGUUGUUUUGGUUUAUUUGAUUAGAAUUUGAUUUGUGUUGUAACAUUUAAUUCAUUUUAUGUAACGUUAUAAGUACACGGAGUUGAUUUGUUUAGGAGACACUAAACCAUUCCAACGAUUGGUUAUAAACUAAUAA